AUGGAAAACGAAGAAGAAGAAAAUUGGGUUGUCUUUGGUUUUGAUUUUGAUUUUAUAAUAUCAUUGUUAAAUUUAGCAACCAAAUAUCAAAAAAAAAAAAUGUCGCAUACAACAAAUAUCAAAAUAAUAUAUGUCAUUGGUAGCGUUCGUUGUACUGCAUACAAUCAUCCAAUAAAAUUGAAUCAAAGUUUUUUUCUUUUUUUUUUUUUUAGUUUUCAUUUUUCGGAUUCAACAGAAAGAACGAACAAAAAAAAAAGUAAAGUCUACUUACUAUCAAGUCACUUUAUAAAUUAUCACAACUAUAUAUUAACAAUGGGUGCUGCUUAUCAUAUCUUAGGAAGAACUGUUCAACCACAUCAAUUAGCUAUUGCUACUUUAGGUACUGUGGUAUUUUUCACUUUACCAAAACCAUGGGGUGCAGCACAACCAACCACUCCACCAAUUAAUGCUGCUUCUCCAGAAGAAGAAAAAUACAUUCAAGAUUUCUUAGCUAAGCAUACUGAAACUGCUAAAGAACAUCAUUAA